UGAUAGCCAACUUAUCCAGUUCAUUCCACCCGGAUCUCUGCUUCAGCAUUUCAGCACUCAGAACCCGGACAAGAACCGACCAAAAACCUUUAAAUUAAUUACAACACAUCGGAUUUGCGUUGGAGGAAGAAAAAAAAAGCCAAGCCUGGUAAUAAGGGAGUUUCUCUGGACCAAGUGUCGACCAUGAACCCUGAGUACGACUACCUGUUCAAACUGCUACUGAUUGGAGAUUCUGGGGUCGGGAAGUCCUGCCUUCUUCUCCGAUUUGCAGACGACACGUAUACAGAAAGCUACAUCAGCACGAUCGGUGUUGACUUCAAAAUCCGAACAAUAGAACUGGAUGGCAAGACCAUCAAACUGCAGAUUUGGGACACGGCGGGACAGGAGAGGUUUCGCACCAUCACCUCCAGCUACUACAGAGGAGCCCACGGCAUCAUCGUUGUCUAUGACGUCACAGAUCAGGAGUCCUUCAACAAUGUGAAGCAGUGGCUGCAGGAGAUCGACCGCUACGCCAGUGAGAACGUCAACAAACUGCUUGUAGGCAACAAGUGUGACCUGACCACCAGGAAAGUAGUGGACUACGCAGUAGUCAAGGAGUUUGCGGACUCUCUGGGAAUCCCGUUUCUAGAGACGAGCGCAAAGAGCGCCACCAAUGUCGAGCAGGCCUUCAUGACCAUGGCAGCGGAGAUUAAGAAGAAGAUGGGACCAGGUGCCGGCACGGGCGGGGCCGAGAAAUCAAACGUCAAGUUCCACAGCCAGCCGGUGAAGGCGUCAAGCGGAGGCUGCUGCUGAGUCGUGAACUCCUCCUGAACACACAGCGCACAAAGGAAGAGUGAUGUUACCACCACCAUCACCACCGUAUAUACACCAGAACAGAUGCACAGUGGAGAACACGUAGUGUAAGUCAGUGAAAGAGUGAACACGUAGUGAUUUAACGGAUGAUCAACAUUUUCCUCAUGCACCAAGCUGCACGUUUCUGAAACUUCCAAAGCAUUUUUGAUCCCCGGAGUCAGAAAGCAGGCUGCAGAUACACGUCCUUCGUGUAUUAAAUUUUAAGUCCUGAUACUCGUCUCCAUCAUGGAGUUCAAUAUUGUUUGUAGUUGAUCAGCCAGGACAUAUUUUGGUGUCCCAUUAGCCUGUAGCUCCAUUACAAACCUAAAGAAGGAAACGACAGACACCAGGUGUGCCUUACCUGAUCGACUCCCCACCCCCCCACCCCUGUUCUCAGAGCCAGGCUCAGGAUGUCACGUAAUGUGAUGAGGCCUGGGUGUGGGUCUGUACCAAACCGACUGUUGUGUUUAUAUCACACUUUCCCCAUCGUGUUUCUCAUCUCGUAGUUCUUGUUGAUGAUUCACUUCAUUUCUCCCUGAGAUUUGGUUUGUCUUUUAAAACACCAACCCAUGAAGGCCUGUGUGAUUAUCUGGAGUGUGAAAAGAGCUAGAAAGAUAGUCAGUGGUGAAGUUAUUUUGCAGUCACCCUAGAACACUAAACGGAGAUGGGCGAGUGUGGAAAUUUUCACAAGUGCCCAUGUUUUUUGUUUAACCUACAUUGUUUGUUUGUUCAUUUAUUAUUAUUAUUGGUUUCUCUUCACUAGCUGUGUUAACUUUUUUUUUUUUAAAGCACUUUCACUUUCUCACCUCCUAUAAACAGCAAAGUGCAUUCUGGGUAUUCUGUAGCCUGUAGAGUAAAUCAGUUGGACACUAACCCUAAGCAGUGCAUUUAUUGGAUUUCCUCAUAUUUUAGAUGUAGUUUGAUGACCAGCAGCCAAUCAGAAGGUGGUAUGGUGGUGCAGUAGUUGGCACUGUUGCCUCACAGAGCAGACCUGAGGGCAGAAACCGUUAUGAUUUGGUUAACACGCCAAAUUAUCUUUUUUUUUUUUUUUUUUUUUUUUUUUCCCCAGGACAACUUGUUUUGAUGUCACUAGAUUUUUCCUAAAAACUUGAUCAGGGUGUGUUGCAAAAGUAUUAAAUGCUAUAAUUUUCAUUUCCAGUUGCUCUAAUUCAGUAACUCGUUAGCUGAACACCAACUGGUUGGCAAGGGAGGUUGAAAUGUGUGCGAGAGCUGUUGCAUGCUUUUCUCGUUUGAAGCCGACAAAGGUGUGUGGUUUUUUUUUUUUUUUUUUUUUAAAGAAUACUGAAACGCAGCUUGUAGAUCGUGCCACCGUAGGCUACAGGACCGAGCAUGUUGUUAAGAUUACGUUUGGGAGCCUUGGAUGUGUUGCAGCGCCAUGUUUAAUGCACAGAUCUGUAACCUUUAAAGCCUAAGAGACCAUGUUACAAGUGGUUGUCAGCAAAACAAAGCAGCUGCAUCACAAAACAUUACUCGCUAAUUUAAUUCCUCGCUGAUUCACUUCACUUACUGCGUGCACACGUGCAGGUUUUUCUGAAGAUCCAUAAAGCAUGGUUAUUAAAGGGUUUAAAGGUACGUUAAAGUCCCUUUUCGUGGCACCUUUGACUUGAUAAUGGGGUGGAAUUUUGCAGUGUUCCUUUAUGAACUCAUUUCACACACAGUGACUGGGCCUCCACAUCAACUGUCUAGUAGCAGACGUAAGUUUGGGGACACCACCUCCUAAUUCAACCCAGUGUUUUUUCUUUAAUUUUUAUGAAUUAAGUCACUUCAUGUCUUAAAGUAAUGAUGGAUGUCGUUUCUCUUUACUUUAGUUGUUCAGUUCUUGAUGUAUGUAUGGAUUACUACAGUUGUGGUGUUUACUGUAUCGUUAUUUACUGUUUGAUCUCAAACUCCUUAACAAAGCAAGAAGCUCGUCAAAUAAAUACCUUUUGACGAGGCACAGCUGUUAAUUGAAAAGCGUUCCAGGUGACUCCCUCAUGAAGCUGGUUAAGAUAAUGCCAAUAGUGUGGAAAGCGUCAUCAAGGGAAACGCUGGAUACGCUGAAGAAUCUAAAAGUAUCAAACACUUGUUUUUGUUUUUUGUAACUUUUUUUUGUUUACUACAUAAUUCCAUACAUGCUCCAGAUGUUAUUUCAUAGUUUUGAUGAUUCACUGUAGAAAAUGGUCAAAAUAUCGGAACAAAAACUUGGAGUAGGGGUGUACAAACUUUUGACUGGUACUCUGGAUAGAUGUUUGUGUAUCUAUAAGAAUCUGUUCUUACAUUUUCACAUGCUAUUGAGAGCGAAAUGAAGAAAUGUAUGGAGGUAAAUGGAAACGCUUCCGUUAUUUUUGGGGGUGGGGUUCUGGGUUGUGAUUUAAUCUUUUUUUUUGUUGUUUUUGUCAAAAGUUUUCAAUUAAACAUGAUGCAAAGGUUUAAUAAAAAUUGUUUUAACGGA